AUGUGGAUGCCAAGGCAUCAAGGUUUUUCAAUUGGUCGAUUGACACAUGUGCCCCGUGGUAACGGAGAAGAUUAUUUCUUGAGACUUCUGCUAAACAUACAAAAAGAUUGCGUAAGUUUCAUCAAUCUUCGAACUGUCGAUGGUGUUGUUCAUUCCACCUUCAAGGAAGCGUGUUAUGCAUUAGGGCUGUUGCAAGAUGAUAACGAAUUUAUUGAUGCUAUGAUAGAAGCAAGCACAUGGGCUUCUGUGAGUUACAUUAGAGAUCUUUUUGUUGUUUUGUUAUUAUCAAACAACAUCUCCAGUCCUAUAAAUGUCUGGCAAAAAUGUUAUAAAAUACUUUCUGAAGACAUCCUAUAUUCUGAAAGAAAAGUUCUACACUGUGAAGAGUUACAACUAUCUAAUGAGCAAAUUCUGAAUCUAACUCUUUACAAGAUUGAAGAAAAAUUACAAGCUAAUGGUAUAUCAUUUAAGGAGUAUGAUCAGAUGCCUCUCCCAUCGUUGGAUGCUAUAGAUAGAGUAGAAGAUCGUCUAAUAAUGUACGAGAUGAACUUUGAUUUAUCUGACCUGAGAGAUGAGUUGUCAAGAAACUUACCCAACAUGAAUUUAGAUCAGCAAAAAGCAGGGUUCUAA